AUGCUAUUCCUUGCUUUUGCCUUGUGGCUCACUGCUGUUCUGGCUCUGCUCAGACCAACGCCUCCUUCCCAGGACAGCUUCUACAAUGUGCCCAAGAACGUCGCUGAAUACAAGAAUGGUAAUAUCAUCAGCUUCAGAGACACUCCAGUUCAGGUGAGAUCGUCUCUUUUUCCUAUGGACGUGAAGAAUUCGUGGCAGUUUCUUGUUCGCUCUGAGGACUCUUUUGGUAACCCGAACGCUUUCGUGACAACUGUGUUGGAACCAUACAACUCUGACCCAUCCAAGGUCUGGUCGUACCAAGCUUGGGAGGAUUCCAACAACAUUGACUGUGCUCCAUCGUACGCUCUUUUGUACAAGUCCAGCCCCAACACCAUCGCCAUGCAAACUGAAAUUCCAUUUAUCCAGUUUGGGCUUCUGAAGGGCUGGUUCGUUGCCAUUCCAGACUACCAAGGUCCAAAGUCUGCAUUCACUGUUGGUCGCCAAUCUGGCCAGGCCGUCUUGAAUGGUAUUAGGGCGGUUCUUAAUUCUGGAUCUAUUACAGGUGUGAAGAAGGAUGCUCAAGUGGCUCUUUACGGCUAUUCUGGUGGUUCCAUUGCAGCCGGAUGGGCUUCUCAACUCCAACCACUUUAUGCUCCCGAAUUGAAGGAACGCAUUGUCGGAGCUGCUCUUGGUGGAUGGGUCACCAACGUCACACUGGUGGCUUUUGCUGCAGACGGAACCAUUUCUGCUGGGCUUAUCCCCAAUGCUGUGAACGGCAUUAUAUCUGAGUAUUCUGACUACCAACACAUUUUAGAUCAGGAGCUUUCAAGAGCUAGAUCUGACCAUUUUUACGCUGCUCUGGACGGCUGCCUUGUCAACUCCCUCACACUGUAUAUUUUCCACAAGUUCUUCCUGGGAAGAUUCCCAUACUUCAGGGCUGGAGCUGAUUUCUUCAGAAUUCCUGAAAUUGCAGAGAUCAUCAGAAACAACACUGCUGCUUACACAAACACAGAUGGUGUUCCCGAAAUACCCGUGUUUGUUUUCCACGGUGAAGCUGACGAAAUUGUGCCUAUUUCUGAGGCAGAUAGGGCAUACGAGAAUUUCUGUGAAUGGGGUGCUCCAUCUAUAGAGUACGCAGUUGCUGAAAAUACUGGCCAUGUUAUCGAAUUAUUUCUUGGUACUGGUGCUGCUUUUGCAUGGUUGGAAAAACGUUUUGAUGGUCUGGAUACCAUACCUGGGUGUCAGCGGACCGUGAGAACUAGUAACCUUGAAUACCCAGGCGCUGAUGUUCCCUACCGUCAGAUUUUGAGUAAUUUUGUGAGAGGUAUCCACGGUGCUGAAGUUGGGGAAGACACCAUUGACAUCAACGAUUCUACCUGGCUCAGCAAGGUUAUUCUGCACGGAUUUAGUAGAAUCCUUGGUGCUGUUGGACCAAUCCCACUUAAAAGAGAUAUCACUAUGGACGAAGCGGUUGCACAGAGGCCUGUGGAAGAGUUGUACAAGGGCUUUCAAGAUGUGAGAUUGUUGUUUGAGGAGAACGGCAUUGACCCUGAGAAGGUUCUCAUGGAGAAGACCCCUCCGCUGCCUUGUAAAACAUAA